AUGGAGCAUUUUCUUAACGAUAACAAUGAUCAUAAUUCCAGUUUUUUCCAGCCUCCAACUCAAGAUGACGAGAUUGAACAAGCAGAUGAAGCAAAUUCUCCUUCACAUAUGGAAACAACUAGUCCAGUCAAAGCCGAAUCAAAACCGGCUGAAGCACCAGUUCCCAAAGUCAUGCGUGCUUAUCAAAAACCGGUCGACGAAGAAGCUAACAUCAAACUUCAAGUACUCGUAUCCAACUUCAGCGAUGAACAAUUAGAUCGAUAUGAAAUGUAUCGUCGUUCGGCGUUUUCCAAAGUUUCAAUUAAACGUUUAAUGCACUCAAUUACCGGCACAAUACCAUCGUCGAACGUUGUCAUAGCUAUGGCAGGUAUAGCUAAAGUUUUUAUUGGUGAAUUAGUUGAAGAAGCACUCGAAAUUCAACGUCGAGAGAAUGAAAAUAAGACAACACCAUUGGAACCUAAACAUUUACGUGAAGCAUACAGACGUAUUAAUAAUACUAGCCAUUGCCUACAAAGAAAAACGUGGAAGUCGAAAAGGAAAUCGAGAUAUCAUUAA